GUUUCAUGGCAAAAGGGGAAUUGUACCCUGGUCUCCAGAGCUGGAGUCUAACAUUCAAACCACUAUGCCAUGCUGGUACAGAAAAGAUUUAAGGAAGGGGAAAAUACAGAUUUCUAGUUUUGGGCACGACAUAUCAAAAUACCUCAUCCACUUUUUAAGAAAGUGAGUUUUUAAUGCAAAUGCUCCUAGAAUCCUCCAUUCAGGACAGAAGAUCUGUAGUCCCAAAAAGUCACCCUUAACCUCUCCUAUGUUCAAGACCAGAAGCAUCAGCCCAGGGAUAGAUACCCAUGGGAGGGGAGAUAUUUUUGGCUAUAUCUCCCCAUUUCCAGCAUCCUGGGCUCUAGAUAGUCAUGUCCAAUUUUGGUGUUGGUGAUGGUACGUAUGUUUUGGGCUCGAUAGUCUGCCCCCAAUUAGAUUUAAAAUGGAAGAGUGUGCUCCCUUGAAACUUCAGUGGUGAUGUUGUCCAUUCUGGAGAUUAUUUUAUUUUGACCAUGGAGGGCACAUCUGUGUUUGUCUUACGCUGUUAUGUGACCUUUCCUACAGGUUUUGAUACAGUGACAACCGCCUUAUCUUGGUGCCUCAUGUAUCUGGUCACCUAUCCAGAAAUUCAGAAGAGAAUUCAGAGGGACAUAGACCAGACCAUUGGUAGGGAGAAGACACCUUGCUUGUCAGAUCGGACCUUGCUGCCCUACGUGGAAGCCUUCAUUUUGGAGAUGUUCAGACUUACCUCCUUUCUACCUUUUACAGUCCCUCGCUGUACAACCAAGGACACCUCCUUGAAUGGCUUUUUCAUCCCGAAAGAUCAGUGUGUCUUUGUCAACCAAUGGCAAGUCAACCAUGAUGAGAGGCUUUGGACCGAUCCUUCCACCUUCAGCCCAGAGCGUUUCCUUUCUGCUGAUGGGACUGAAAUAGACAGAGCCAAGAGCGAGAAGGUCUUGGUCUUUGGACUGGGGAAGAGGAGGUGCAUUGGGGAAGUCAUUGGUCGCUGGGAGAUUUUCCUCUUCCUGACCACUUUACUCCAGCAGCUGGAGUUCACUGUGUGUGAGGGAGGGGUGGUGGACCUGACCCCUGAAUAUGGAAUUGUAAUGAAGCACAAAAGGUGUGAGCAUUUCCAGGUCCGAAAGUGGUUUCCAGAGGAAAGCUCCAAAUGAGCUUCUGUAGCCUGUGGUUGCAUCUACAUUGUAGGAACAAUGCAGUUUGACACCACUAUAACUUCCCUGGCUCCAUCCUACAAGAUCCUAGGAUUGUAAUUUUGUGAGGCCCUAGCACUCUUUGGCAGGGAA